AUGCGACCGUACUCCUCGGUGCGGCGCAUGACUCAACAGUCGAAGCGACUGCGUGUCGCCGGCACCCUUGUGCUUAGUGUGCUUGUUCUCUUCGGUUUCAUUGUCUACCAUAAAAGCCCUUUGUUCUCCCCAUGUGACUCGGCGUACGCGAACGUCUACGACAUCGUAAUCGACGCCGGCAGCACUGGCUCACGUGUGCAUGUGUUCCAGUACGAGCGCAGCCGCACCGGUGUCGUACUUCUGAAAGAGCGCUUCAAACGUAUAGAGCCGGGUCUGUCCUCUUUUACCACCGACCCGGACGGCGCCAAGGAGUCGCUUACGGGGCUCCUGCGCUUUGCUGAUGAGGUGGUCCCAGAAAGCUACCAGAGGUGCACCUCCGUCACCCUCAAGGCUACCGCCGGCCUUCGGCUCCUACCUGAGUCCGACCAACAGGUGCUGCUGGACGCUGCCCAGCAAGCACUCAACGCAUCUCCGUUUCAGUCUCGUGGCGCCUCCAUCAUCUCUGGCGCUCAAGAGGGCGUCUAUGGGUGGCUGACGGUGAACUACCUACUGGACAGGCUCGACACGGACGUUGCCACCAUCGCGACCAUCGAUAUGGGAGGUGCCUCGACACAGGUCGUCUUCGAGACGACGCCUACGUCGGGAGAAUGGCUGCCCUUCAACUACGCCCACCAGCUGCGCAUACCAAAGCGCACCAUCUCCGUGUACCAGCACAGCUACCUCGGCCUUGGGAUGAACGAGGCGAAGAAGAAGCUGAUGACGUUGUUCGCUGAAGCGAACGGGACGUCGUCUUUCCCGUGCUUCCCGAGAGGGUAUACGAAGCACCUGAACGGCGUGGAACUUCGAAACAGUGACGCCACAGACUUUGACGCGUGUGUAGGACUAUUUCGCGAGCAUGUCAUAACAACGGCGACCUGCAGGUUUGAUGCGUGUGGCGCGCGUGGCGUGCCGCAGCCGCUGUUUCCGUCAAGGCGGCAUCCCGUUUACGCCUUCUCCUACUUUUAUGACCGACUCUACCACUUCCACAAGGAGGGGAGGCCAGUCUACGUCUCAUUGUACAAGGAGGUCGGGAAAGAGGUGUGCCACCGGGAAUCUGCGAGUCGGGCCACCACCCCUGAGGAAACGGCCUGCAUGGAGCUGGCGUACCUGUACAGCUUCUUGACAAACGGGCUAGGGCUUGGUGACGACACGGCCCUCACGGUGCCCAACCGCAUCGCGGGUAUGUCAGUCUCCUGGUCUCUUGGCUCCUCUCUCUCCUUCCUGCUCAAGAUGGAAUGA